GAUCCAGCACCAAGCGGUCACCUGCGGGGAGCCCUAGGGAUGGCAAGGGGUAGUGAAAGGGGCCAACCUGCUGAGCGGGCGGAGCCAAGCGUGACAUCAGCAGACGGGCAGGGCAAUAUCUUUGGCCAUUGAUGGUGCCGGUUUUUCAGUGAAACACCACAUAUCCCUUGCUAGUGCAUGACCACGUUGGUCCUCCACUUUGCCUCCGCUUUCCCGUCAUCUCUCAGCCAUUGCCCGAAUCAUGAGCACCAGCCAAAGGAAGGGGGCGCUGGCAACUUUCAAGCCGAGGCCUCUGGGCCUGAAAGAAGGUCUAGCAGGCAUGUACCACGAAGAGCUGCUCUGCGAUGCCACCCUCGUAGUGGACGGCCAAAGGUUUCGUUGCCACAGAGCACUGCUGGCAGCCGUGAGCCCAUACUUUCGGGAUCUUUUCACCAAAACCUGCAAGGAGUCCAGUGGGGGAGAAGUUCUUCUCCAGGAUGUCACACCAUCUGUUGUCCGAAGCAUCCUGAAAUAUAUCUACACCGAGGAGCUGUCCCUCACCCCUGAGCAGGGGGCCUCCCUUUUCGCAGGGGCCAGUCGGCUACAGGUGAUUCCACUUCAAGAUGUCUGCUCCAGGUACCUUGUGUCCAAUCUCUCCAUCCAGAACUGGCUUGAGAUGUAUUCCUUGGCUCAGGCCCACAAGAGCGGGCCUCUGCUUCACGCCAUCAUCCAAGUCCUCAGCAGGGAUUUCGAGACCGUCGCUGAAAAAGAGGAUUUCCAGCAGCUGGAUUCUAGCACCCUCAUCGCCCUCAUCUCCUCCAGUCACCUCGCGGUGGCCUCCGAACUCAAAGUCUACCAAGCCGUGCGGCGCUGGGUGCAGUUCCAACCGAGCACACGUGGCCCCCUCCUCGGUGUGCUCAUGCGCCACGUCCGUCUCCCCCUCCUCACUCCAGGGGAGCAAGCCGAAUUCCAGAGAGACCUCGAGGUGUGGGGAGAUCUCGACCUGCAGUGGAAGGAGAUGAAAGGCGAAGAGAGACUGCAGCGGAGCGGGGGACUCCGGCAAGGCAUGUGCAAGCCGCAUAUCCUGAGCAUUGACACACAGAUGUGGGGACAGCAGCCGCCGGAGACCGACGAGCCACACAUGGGCUGCUACGAUCCCCAGACGGAAAUGUGGGAGAAGCUCCCCGGGUUGCGGCUCUUGUCACACGCGUGUUGCACGGCGGACGGAGACACGGUGUAUCUCUCCGGCGGCGUCUACAAAAACGCCUAUUCGACCGCUGCCUACGAGUUCAGCUCCUUCAAAGGGUACUGGGUGCAGCUGCCCUCCAUGGCCGUGCCCCGUAUUGCGCACGCCUUCCUCUUCUGCAACCGCAAACUCUUCGCCAUAGGAGGCUGGCAGAAGUUCCAGACUUUCCUCGGCUCGGGCGAGAGCUUCGAUCUCUCAACGGAGACAUGGUCCAACAUCCCCAAGCUUCCAUUUGCACUCAGCCACCCGGCCUCGAGCGUCUUCCGGAGCAAGAUCUACCUCUGCGGGGGCGCGACGGGCAUUUCGGCUCAAUGGCUGUUCCACCGCGGGUUGUUGAUCUACGAGACCAGUUCCACCACUUGGAGUCAGGUGCCCCUCUCGACGGGGUUCUUUGCCGCAGGGGCUGUGCCGGUGGAGAACGGAAUCUACGUCAUUGGCGGCUACGCCGAGAAGAAAACCCGGGAAUGGGUGGAAGGGACCCUUGCGCCCGAGAACCGCCACAGCACCCGCAGAUGCUUCUUUGUCAACGAGACUGGCAGGAUAAGCCACAAUAGCGGCAUCCCCAAAUUGCCACAAGGGAUUGCCAAUGCGGGCGUGAUCAGCUGCGGCAAACGGAUCUAUGUUUUAGGAGGAGAGGACUUAAACCAGUGCUACAAAACGAUCUACUACUGGGAACCUGGGGAGCCCCGGUGGCAUCGGAGCCUGACCGAAAUCCCGGUGUCCCGCGAGGGCAUCAGCAGGUUUGCAUGCACAGCCCUGCAGCGACCCAUACCUCACAUCCUCCAGCUUUUCCAGCAACCCUCUCUUGUUCCGGUGGCUGCUGUCAGCAGAAAGUAGUCCUCUGUAUUUAACUUUUGAGUAAUCCAAAAGAAAAAAGAAAAUCAAGUGGGUGCAUGCAGAAUAAUAGUAAAAUGAUGGGUGGUCUCCAUGGACUGGUUGUGAGGUGUGCUGUGGAAUUCACUGCAACAAGAUACAAUAGCUAUGAAUUUACCAUAA